GUAGGUUACGCACUCAGGGACAUCAUACGGCAUCUAGCAGUACAUACAAAUUCUUUUCACAGCGAAAUGGGUUGGCAUGAAUUUUGAAGCGGCCUGGGACUGCUAUGGAAAGGAUUCGUGCUCGAUUCCUGUUCGGUCUGCCAACCUCUUCUGAGCCCGUUAAACUCAGGACACGAAAGUCGAAACUUUACAGCAAAGAUAAAGCGAAUGAUGGUAUAACUGGUUUCUUCGGGGGCAGUGUCACGGUCUUUUCUGUGAUAUUUCGCCUUGUUAACUGCCUGCUGGUUCAGACCAGCUUUGUCCCAGAUGAAUACUGGCAGUCACUUGAAAUCUCCCAUGGAAUGGUCUUCAAGUAUGGCUACGAGUCCUGGGAGUGGAGGGAGGGCAUUCGUGGUUACUCUUACCCUCUCUUCUUUGCUGUAAUAUAUAAGAUACUGCACCUGCUGCGUUACGACACAGUCCAGCUGCUGAUCCUGCUCCCGCGGGUUGCACAGGCGCUCCUCACAGCACUCGCCGAUGUGAAGCUCUACCACCUCGUUCGGAGAUCGGAAGGUCCAGAUGUCGCUAAGUGGACAUUCUUCUGUCAGCUGUGUUCCUGGUUCACCUGGUACUGUUGCACACGCACGCUCACCAACAGCAUGGAGACCACCCUGACAGUUCUGGCUCUCUACUACUAUCCUCUAUGUACUGACAAAACGCACAACAGUAGCUGGAAGUACCUGUCACUGGUGUCCUGGGCUGUGGUGGUUCGUCCCACAGCUUUGGUUGUUUGGCUUCCUCUGCUCUUUCAUCAUUUGUGGAGGGCAGAGAACAAGCUAAAGCUCAUUACCCAUCAGGGUCUUCCUGUUGCGGCCGCCGCACUGGUGUCAUCUGCACUGAUAGACUGCAUAUUCUAUGGCAAGUGGAUCUUCGUCCAGUGGAACUUCUUGAAGUUUAACAUCUUUCACAAUGUGGGCAAGUUUUACGGGACGCACCCCUGGCACUGGUACCUCACCCAGGGCUUCGUGGCUGUGAUUGGUCCUCACCUCCCCGUCUUCCUGCACGGAUGUUCCCUGACCUCCACCAGACACCGCGUGCUGCUCAUCACCAUCAUAUGGACCCUCCUGGUUUACAGUUUUCUAGCCCACAAGGAGUUCCGGUUCAUCUAUCCAGUCUUACCUUUUUGCAUGAUAUUUUGUGGGAUGUCUCUGGCGCAGCUGCGUGCAUGGAGGAGCUGUGCUGCAUGUGCUCUGCUGGUGUUGAACCUGGCUGCAGCGUUCUACACGGGCUUAGUUCACCAGCGUGGCGUCCUGGACCUCAUGGCUCACCUGCAGCACCUGUGUGACAUCACCGACCCCCCGAGCCCACCUGAGCCAGAGGUCCUGUUUCUCAUGCCAUGCCACUCCACCCCCUUCUACAGCCACCUUCACUGUCCAGUCAGAUUACGUUUCCUGGAAUGCCCACCUGAUCUCACAGGAAAGCAGGAUUAUGUGGAUGAAGCAGCGCUGUUCUAUGCAGACCCUCUCCGCUGGCUGGGGAGCUCUUACCCCAACACAUCCAUGCUUCCUACACACGUGGUCCUGUUCGACCCGCUCGAGAAGGAAAUUUCAGCUUUCCUGGAUGGAAACAAAUUUGUGAAGGAGGCAGAAUUGUUCCACACACAUCUCCCUGAAGGUCGGGUUGGGAGGAAGAUCUUUGUCUACAAACAGUGAUUCAUGCUCCGGAACAGAACACUCAGCUUGUUGUGCAGUUUACCAAAUAUAAUUUUAUGCUCUGUGCAACAAUUAAAUAUUUGUCCAGUUUUGUAAAAUGUCACCUUUUUAAGGUAACGUGGUAAAAAAGAAAUUUGAAAAAAAGACCAAAAGAAUGUCAACAGACAUACAUUUUUGUUUGUUUUAAAAUAAGGACAAUUAAUUUCAAGGGAAGUGUAUUUUUAUUGAGAUUUAAUGAUGUGCAUAAUAAAUUGUGUAACACCAAAAAGAAAUCUUAGCAUUAAAAAAAGGGUUCAAUUGUGAUGUUUUUAUCCAACAAGACAUUACCAAGGGGAAAAAGAGAUUGCAUUCAUAACGGCAAAUAAAAAAAAUUACUCCUCUGCAAUAUUUCUAAUAAACUAAUCAGUGUUGACACUUAGCAGCAGUAGAACAAGCAAUGCACACCAAAGC